AUGCGUAAAGUGGCGAAGGAUCCUGAGGACAAAGUAGAUGUGGAAUUCAGUGAGCUUGGUGAGCACUACGGAGAAGGUUCAGUAACACUAUCAUCUUUUCUUGGUCUUGUCCGGGAACAUGUUCCGGUAGUACUUGAUGACUGGAGGAAAGUCGAUAAGCAGACGAAGGAUACAUUAUGGGAAGCAGUUCAGGCACGAUUUAAUUUAAGAGAAGAGUGGCAGAAGGAUGCUGUUUUAAAACAAAUGGGUGGUAUUUGGAGGAGUGGAAAGUCUAAGCUGUCAAACCAAGUUCGAGAUGCAAAGAGUACUACAGAGAGGAAUUCAUUAAAACCAAGUAACAUCUCAUCUAUUGCAACUUGGAACUCUUGGAUUAAAAGUAGGAGUACAGCAGCUUUUAAGGAAAAAAGCAACAAGUUUAGAGAAAUGAGGAAGAAACAGAUUCCUCACACCACUAGUCGCCAAGGAAUGUUUAGACUAGGUCAAAAAUGUGUAGACCCUAGAACGGUCACUAGAAGUAAGAUCUGGAUUGCAGGACACACACAUGCUGACGGCAGACCUGUGAAGCCCGAGUUUGCUGACACUAUUGAACAAAUCAAAUCACUUGAUAAUCAAAUGGACUCAACAAGCGGUUCUUUUAAUAUUAAAGAGGAUGAUGUGAGCAAAGUGUUGGGAAUUGACAAACCUGGAUGCGUCAAAGGGAUGGGCAGAGGGAUUACUGCUACCAAGCUAGCACACCUUCAUGCCAGAGAUUCUAAAAUUGAAGAAUUGCAAAUCGAGGUUUAG